AUGACAAAAUGGUUAUUGCGAUCACAGGAUUACCAUUAUGAUUUCGAAUGUAAACCGGGAAAAAUAAACCGCUGGUUAAGGGGAUUAUGGGAAAAUCCCAAGGAAGAGAAUUCUGAUUCACAAGAAGAAGAAUCUUCAACUAGUGUUCAGGAAACUAGCGAUAGAGUAGUUUCUAGCGAUAAUUCAAGUGAUGAAAUAGAAGAAAAUUCGGAAACCAUUCAUGUGCUCCCUAUUAGUAGUGCGGCUAAUUGUAAUAAAAGGCGAGCUAGAGAAGUUUUAAACAAUCUACUAGAGAAAAACAAAGCGGGCCCUUCGACGAGCAAAACAAGAAAAGAACAGACAGAAAAAGGAGCGCAAAAUAAUUUUAGAAAUAGGGCUAAAUCCGACACAAAUGUAGAUAUUGAGCCAGGUACGGCAACAGAAAAUAAACCCAAAAGGGAAAGGCCAAAAGGGAAAACUAAAACUAAAGAAGCGAUGCCGCCCGUCGAUUUUGCACCCGUUGCAUCUAGAUUAAGGUCGAGAACUAAAACUCAGCCAGUAGUCGUAACGGAGGAAAACUCUAAAACUAUUUAUGACACGCUCGUCUCAGAAAGUAGCCAAUCAGAUACGGAAUCAGAAACUAGAUUAGAAGCAGAAGAUGUACCCAUUUUGCGAAGAAGUCAUAGUGUCCUACCUUCUUUAAUUGAUACGAAUGCUGAGGACACCGAUGACGAAUCAAGCGAUAGCGACGACGCUAAAAAGAGAGAACAGCCUAUUACCAGGGAAGAAACCGCGGUAUAUUUAAGCCCACCAGUAGAUACGUCAGAAGACGAAGGUGAAGAAGACAUAACCAUUUGUGAGGUAGGAAAUAAUUCGCAAUUACGGGACAAAGAAAUGGUAGAUAGUAUUAGAGAAUCAAUCAGGCGUUUUGACUUAUCAAUGACCGGUCACCAGUCAUAUUUUUGGGAUGAUGAAUUCGGUGAGAAAAAUAAGGAAGAAAUAGAAAAGGUAGGGAGUCAAAAGUUCCAAAACAGAAGUUCCAAACCGGAAGUUCCAUGA